ACGGCGAUGGCAACCAACCGAAGCCAAAGUUGCCCGUACGUCUCGAGUCGCUGAGGGGCCCGGCGGGCGGGCUGGCUGCGCGCGGCGCUCAUGGCGCUCCACGAGCUCUUCUCCCACCCGGUCGAGCGCGGCUACCGCGCGGGGCUCUGCUCCAAAGCCGCGCUCUUCCUGCUGCUGGCCGCCGCGCUCACCUACAUCCCGCCGCUGCUGGUGGCCUUCCGGAGCCACGGCUUUUGGCUGAAGCGGAGCAGCUACGAGGAGCAGCCGACCGUGCGCUUCCAGCACCAGGCGCUGCUCGUGGCCCUGCUGGGACCCGAGCGCAGCGGGGUCCUCGCCUGGAGCACGUUUCCCGCCUUCAACCGGCUGCAGGGGGAUCGCCUGCGCGUCCCGCUCGUGUCGGUGCGUGAAGAAGACAGGAACCAGGAUGGGAAAAGGGACAGGCUGCAUUUUAAACUGGAGCUUCCCCUGCAGUCUACGGAGCAUGUUCUUGGUGUGCAGCUCAUCCUGAUGUUCUCCUACCAACUGCAGAGGAUGUCGACGUUUGUGAUGCAGAGCAUGGCGUUUCUCCAGUCCUCCUUUGCCGUUCCCGGGUCCCAGUUACACGUGAAUGGAGACCUGAGGCUGCAGCAGAGGCAGCCGCUAAGCUAUGGUGGCCUAGAUGUGCAAUACAACGUGUCCGUGACCAACGGGAGCAGCCCUUUUGCCCGUGACUAUGACCUCACCCACAUUGUUGCUGCCUACCAGGAAAGAAAUGGAUUCUGGGAGAUGAUAAAGUUCACCUGGGUCCAGUAUGUCAGUAUCCUGCUCAUCUUCCUCUGGGUGUUUGAAAGAAUCAAGAUAUUCAUGUUUCAACAUCAGGUGGUGACCACAAUCCUUGCAAAUGCAAUGCCCUGUGGAGAAGUGUAUAAGGAACACUUACCCUAAGAAGAUCAUUUCUGAAGACUCAGCAGGAACAAGGCUACCUCACUGUUGUCUUCUGAGAAUUGCCAUCUUACAAUAUUUCUGCAGGAGCCCAGUGGACACCUGUGGGCUUCAGUGUUUUUUCCCUGAGACACAAAAACAGUUCUUCCCAAUUUUGCUCUGCACAAAUUCCAUGUGUUCUAAGUACCUACAAAGCCAUCAGGAAGUAAUUUAUAGAAAGGUCUGAGGGGUCCUCGGAGCCAUAAUUUGCCUUUGGUUUUGUUUUUUUUUUUCCUGCCUUAGCCUUGAAUUUCAGGAGAAAAUUAUGGUUAGUUCAGACAUGUUGGAAAGAGUCCCAUCUCUGCUCAAGCAAAGACUUUUCCUCUCUGGAACUGAGAAACACAGCGUGUAUUUCUUCUCCCUGUUGUGAACCACUUUUUACUCUUUUCAAGGUUCUUGUGACAAAUAUGUAAAUCACUAGCGCUUUCCACUCCUGGGAUUCUCUGUUUCCCACUCAGAGCUUUGCUUUCCACAACUGAGGUCUUUAACUGGAGCUGUGGAGGGACUGGGCACAAGUAUUAGGGCCACUCAAGCUUACUCAUGCGGGUGAGUGACUGAAGGGCCCUGGGACCAUCCACCUGCCCUCGCUCUAACAGUCAUCUGUCAUCAGCUGGGCUGAACAGCCCUCUAUCCCUGCCCUACUGUGGCUGUCGUUGCCCUGCCUUUUGCCCUGUGUCUGUGCCCCUGGAAUGGCAGGCUGAAGUCGCAAGUGCUGUUUCACUAGGAACCCCCUUCAGCAGCGAUGGGGGAAGUAGGACUGUAACAACAGGUUCUCUCUGGCCCUCACCCAGCAGCCUGGACACUUGCCACUGCUCCUCCUUGACAGCCUCCCCCUAACUGAAAAGGACAGGGUGACAGAGGAGUUGUUGGUAUUGGCUCCCACUGCCUGACAACCACAAGUUUAUCUGCAGGGCUAGUGGGAAGCCCAGAGACUUGUAUUUCCCUUGUCUAAGGAUCAGGUUGCCCAUCAGAGUGGACAGCUUUGGGAGAGAGACAAGAAGCAGUGAGGGAGUAAAGAGGAUGCUACCCUGGGCAGUCCCGUCCAGCCCGGCCGUUAGGAGAAUGACAAGCAGUCCAGCCAGAUUACCCUCGUGGCCACGCAAGUGUCUGCAGGAGCUGGCACUCAGAGACAGAGUGUUCAGCCCCAUUCUCCUCCUGAGGACACGUGCAGUCUCCCCCAAGGACAGAGGGACCUUCUUUGUAAUCUCAAGGAUGUCGUUGACACUGGAAGGACAUAGCCCCUGUGAUCCGUGGUUCAUGCCCAUUCAGAAACACAGUGUGUGCCUCAGUUUACCUUGGAGAUCAGUUCUUAUUUCCAAAGCACCUUUUCUUUCAGGCUGACCAAAAUAAGAGUUUUGGAUAGAAAGCUAUUUUGAAGUAUUCAAGGACAAAAAUUCCCUGACAUUGACACCACAUAUACACAUGCCUUUUCCCCUAGAACUGUUUAUACGCUUAAAUUUUCUUUCUGUGAUUUAAAUGAAAAAUGGUUUGUGGUUUAAAUCCCCAAAAGGUAAUGAGAUAUGGAAUGGCUAAAGAUAUGUAUAAACAUGGCUUUGUAUUUUAUUAAAUUAUCUAAUGCAAAAUGUGUAUAAAGAAACCAUGAUGUUUUGUAAAUGUCUAAUUAAAAUGUUCAGAAUGGGA